AUGGCCUCGGACUCGGAUGCACUCUCUAGAUGGCUGGGGAGGUUACAAAAUCUACCCGUGAUGUCUCUCCCCACAGAUUAUCCGCGAUCGACUGGUGCUAACAAACUCAUUGAAGCCGCUCAUCUCGCAGAUCUUUCAGGACAGACCUCACUCAGUCUUUUAAAGCUUGCACUUCAUGGCGAGAGCAAAGAUAGUGAAGAGGACGAAACCUCUGAAAUUAGACCAUCAGCCUUCCAUCUACUCCUCUCUGCUUUUCUCGUCCUUCUACACAGCUCUCCUUUGAUUCUCCGCCUUUCCGUAGAACCCUCAGAUUCUUUCUGGACCAUCGUGCGCCGUGUCCAGCACGUCGAACGCGAGGCCGAAGCAGAUCUUCUGCCCUACGAGACAAUCGUACGGGCUUUGCAAAAGGACAAAGACGAUUCCGUCGAAGCAUCCCGUCCCCUCUUCCGUGUCCGUUUCUUCGAUGAAACAGAUCAGCCGAGGGAUAACUUUAUCCGAUCUACCAGCUUGACAUCUGAUCUCACCAUCUUCGUCACGCGACCCCCCGCUACGACACGCGCCUCCUUAGCUCCCCACAUUUCCCUUCGAAUCCUUUUCAACUCCUUGUUAUUCACGUCCGCCCGCAUAUCCUUCAUCGUCGAUCAGCUCUCUGUGCUUUUAAGGAAGGUUUCCACUAAUCCAACUGCAGCGGUUGGUUCUGUUCCUCUUUUGACGGCCGCCCAACGUGAAAGUUUGCCCAACCCAACAGCAGAUCUGCAUUGGUGUGACUGGAAGGGGGCCAUCACAGAUGUGUUUUCGCGUAAUGCGCAGAAAUGGCCUGAUAGGCCCUGUAUAAUUCAAAGCGUACCUGCCUCGAUUCCUAGCGAGCCUCAGACGAGGCGGACUUUCACUUACGGCGAGAUCCGAAGAGCCUCCAACAUUCUAGCGCACCAUUUAUUAACAGGCGGUGUGAAGAGGGAAGAAGUUGUCAUGAUUUACGCGCAUCGUAGUGUCGAGCUUGUCGUAGCCGUCAUGGCGGUUCUUAAAAGCGGCGCGACGUUCUCAGUCAUAGAUCCCGCAUAUCCGCCUUCACGGCAGAUAAUAUACCUUCGGGUAGCUCAACCUCGUGGCCUUGUUGUCCUCUCAGGUGCAGGCAAGAUCGCAUCUUCAGUGCGUGAAUUCCUAUCCACGGAACUCAAGAUCCGUGUGGAGGUCCCCGCGCUUGAAUUUUCCCCUACUGGCCAAAUCCUGGGGGGCGCAAACGACGGCAUCGAUGUUUUGCAGUCGCAGAUCCGUCUCGCCGAAACGGAUCCCAACGUGAUCUUAGGACCUGACAGCAUUGGAACGCUUUCCUUCACCAGUGGAAGCACUGGUAUUCCUAAGGGCGUUCGGGGGCGCCAUUACAGUCUCACACAUUUCUUCCCCUGGAUGGGCAAGCGCUUCCUGCUCACCGAAAAUUCGAAGUUCACAAUGCUGAGUGGGAUCGCCCACGAUCCCAUACAGCGUGAUAUUUUCACACCCUUGUUCUUGGGCGCGGAGCUUCAUGUACCCACCGCAGAAGACAUCGGCACGCCCGGCCGUCUCGCAGAAUGGAUGGACGACAGCAAAGUGACGGUCACGCACCUAACCCCAGCAAUGGGUCAGUUGCUCUCCGCACAAGCGACGCGCCAGAUCCCUUCCCUGCUAAACGCGUUCUUCGUUGGCGACGUCUUGACUAAGCGUGACUGCCUCCGCCUACAGGCCCUUGCCACGAAUGUGCAGAUCAUCAACAUGUAUGGCACGACAGAAACACAGCGCGCGGUGUCUUACUUCGCAAUUCCCCCAUUGUCUGUGGACCCGACGUUCCUUGCCACCCAGAAGGACAUUAUGCCUGCUGGAGAGGGCAUGGUCGACGUGCAGCUCCUUGUCGUCAACCGCAGCGACAGAAAUGUCCCUUGCGCAGUCGGAGAGGUAGGAGAGAUUUAUGUGCGGUCUGGAGGUUUGGCAGAGGGAUACCUGGAUACCGAAGCUACCACCGAAAAGUUCGUAAACAAUUGGUUUUCUCCUUCCACCCUGCCCUGGAAGGACACCAUUUUGCAUCCCCCUCAGGGCCUUGCUGGGCCUGAGUCGAGGCAUUGGAAGGGCAUCCGCGACCGGAUGUAUCGUUCAGGCGAUCUCGGUCGGUAUCUCCCCGAUGGGCGUGUUGAAUGCACGGGGCGUGCAGAUGACCAGGUUAAGAUCCGUGGUUUCAGGAUCGAGCUUGGGGAGAUCGAUACGUUGAUGAGCCAGCACCCGCUCGUGCGUGAAAACGUCACGCUCGUGCGAAGGGACAAGGACGAGGAGAAGAUCCUUGUCGGUUACUUCGUGCCGCUGCAGGGCUCGAAGCUGGAUGGGUUCGCCAGCGAGCUCACAGAGGACGACGACCAUGUUGAUAGCAAGAGUCCAAAGUAUAAACGGCUCAUCAAGGAUAUUAGAGAGCAUCUCAAAAAGAAGCUGCCUAGUUACAGUAUACCAUCAUUGUUCGUUCCGCUGCAUCGCAUGCCCCUCAACCCUAACGGUAAAAUAGACAAACCCGCACUUCCCUUCCCCGACACAGCGCACGUGCACGCUGUGCACUCCGAACCCAAAGAAGCCACCAACGGGCGCACAGCGAGCCCCACCGAACAAAGCAUGCGCGCCAUCUGGGCAAACAUCCUCCCGAAUGCGCCCAAACCUAUCCCCCUCGAAGAGAGCUUCUUCGAUGUCGGCGGUCACUCCAUCCUCGCCACGCGUCUCAUCUUUGAGAUCCGCAAAAUCUUUGUCGUCGAGGCUCCGCUGGGCCUUAUCUUCGACCAACCAACUAUCACAGGCCUCGCUGCAGCGGUGGAUGCGCUUCGUAAUCCGGACUUUGGUAUAGCAUACAAGGAUGCUGAGACGCGCCCGGCGACACCUGUAGUCGAUGGUGUCAAGGCCUCUGCGAAAUUAUCCGCUGCUAUUCAGUACGGACAGGACUAUGAGACCCUCGUGCACCGCCUGCGACCCUCGUACUCGCUGAUGUCUGAGGAGUUCAAGUCGGGUGCUGUCACUGUGUUCUUGACAGGUUCUACCGGCUAUCUCGGGGCCUUUGUCCUGCGUGAUCUCCUUCAGCGUCUUGAUAGGGUUCGGAAGGUCAUUUGUAUCGUACGUGCAUCCAGCGUCGAACAAGGAGUCGCGCGCCUUAGAGAAGGGUCCAGUGAUCGUGGCGUUUGGGAUGAGCAAUGGCUCACUUCGGGUAGACUUGAGGUUGUGGUCGGAGACCUUGGCCUUGAUUUAUUCGGCAUGGGUAAUGAGGUCUGGUCACGAGUCGCUGCUGAGGCGGAUGUUGUCUUGCACAACGGUGCCCUGGUACAUUGGGUGUACCCCUACGAGAGGCUUCGUGCACCGAAUGUGAUCGGUACCUUGACUGCCAUCGAGCUCGCCUCCACGAUGAAGCAGAAACUACUUGUUUUCGUUUCAUCGACGUCGGCGAUCGACACUGAGCACUAUGUGCAGCUAUCUGACUCUCGAGGACAGUCACAAAACUCCCAGAGAGGCAUUCCUGAGGACGAUGACCUCGACGGUGCGAAAGUGGGUCUCAAGUCUGGCUACGGUCAGAGCAAAUGGGUUUCCGAGAAGUUGCUCUUUGAAGCUGGAAGGAGGGGUUUGAGGGGCCAUAUCGUGCGGCCCGGCUAUAUUGUCGGCGACUCGCAGACGGCAGUGACAAACACCGACGAUUUUAUUUGGCGCAUGGUCAAGGGGUGCGUUCAGCUCGGGCUUGUGCCAGAUAUCAACAACACUGUAAACAUGGUGCCUGUGGAUCAUGUUGCCCGCUGCACUGCACUUGCUGCCGUGGAGCCCCUGCCAAAUGCUGCGCAAAGCGUGCUGCACAUCACUGCCAAGCCCCCUCCGACAUUCAACAAUAUCCUGUCGUCGCUUGCCGAGUACGGGUUCCCUACACAGCAAUGCGAGUAUCUCAUAUGGCGCCGCAAGCUGGAACAACAUGUCAUGGAGGUCCAGGACAACGCCCUUUUCCCCCUCCUUCAUUUCGUCCUUGAUGACCUACCGACGAGUACAAAAGCCCCCGAGCUUGACGCCACCAACACUAUGGCCCUGCUGCGUUCCCAAGGGCAACAAUGCACAUUCACCGUUUCGGACCAGCUAAUGGGAAAGUACCUUGCGUGGCUAGUUGGAGCGGGUUUCUUGCCAGCGCCUACUUCGUCAGCGCCCAACAAACCAUUGCCCCAGUUGGCUGAUGGUGCCGUCAUCAAAGCUGCAGGUCGGAGUGGUACUUGA